UAUUACAGAGAGAGAAAUGAAGCUAACAUUUAUAUACUAAAUGGCUAACAGCUGUAAUUUCCUUCUUAUUUUUUUCUCAAAAUUUCAAAACCAAAUAAUUUUUUACUGUUUCUUCAUCUAAUGUUUACUUUUCAGGCUGAGAGCCUUAAUAUCAAUAGAGAUGUCUCUGGGGAAGGUGUUCAGCAGGCAUUAUUGAAGAUGCUCGAGGGAACAGUUGUCAAUGUUCCUGAGAAGGGAGCUCAAAAGCAUCCUAGAGGUGACAAUGUUCAGAUUGACACAAAGCAUAUACUUUUCAUUUGUGGAGGAGCCUUUGUUGACUUAGAGAAAACAAUCUCCGAAAGGCGACAAGAUUCUUCUAUUGGAUUUGGGGCUCCUAUACGUGCAAACAUGAGGGCAGGCAGUGUCACUGAUGCUGCUGUUGCAUCAUCAUUAUUAGAAACUGUUGAAAGUAGUGAUCUUAUUGCCUAUGGUUUAAUACCUGAAUUUAUUGGGCGGUUUCCUAUCCUUGUCAGUUUGUCAGCUUUAAGUGAAAUUCAACUCAUUCAGGUCCUCACACAGCCGAAGAAUGCUCUAGGGAAGCAAUACAAGAAGAUGUUCGAAAUGAAUGGUGUUAAGAUGCAUUUUACCGAAAACGCUCUAAGAUCAAUUGCCAGAAAAGCAAUAUCUAAAAGUACUGGGGCUCGGGGCUUACGUUCAAUAUUAGAGAAUGUGUUGGUAGAUGCCAUGUAUGAGAUUCCCGAUACUAGAACUGGUGAUGAUAUUAUAGACGCUGUCGUUGUUGACGAAGAGGCUGUUGGAUAUGAGGGAAAUGAACGAGGGGCCAAAAUCCUUUAUGGAAAGGGUGCGUUGGAUCGUUAUCUUUCAGAACAUAAAAUUAAUUCAGAGACCACGGAGGGAUUGGAAAGAGAUCACGAAGCAGAUACAGAACUUCCUUCCAUUGUUGCCAGCAUGUAGCCCGUUGCUGAUGUUUAUUGUAGCUAUCUUUGUACAUAAAGAGUUCAUAUAUUUAUUGAAUAAUUUAAGUAUGCGGUUAUACUAAAAUCCCCUUGCUUCAUAAG